CUGUGAUCACGGCCUCCAUUUUCGCCUCCUUCAAAGCCGUCUCUCUCCCUUUCUCCCUCAUGGAGGUCGGAGCAUGUCACUGCAACUCUCCUGAUAGAUAGAUAUCAGGAGAAACCGCUCUUCGCGUCUGCACCAUGCAGUAAAACAAGAAGAAGAAGAAGAAGAAGAUAGAAGCCCAGCAGCUACUGUAGAAAGACCACAGGUCCACAAAAGCCAGAGGAAGGAAGAAGCCUCUCAUUCUCGCCUCAAAUCUCCAGUCAUCCUCAACCAAGGUUUGGAGACAAGAAAAUAUCCACAUGAAAACCCAUCAUUUUCCCACUUUCUUCUCCUUCAUUUCUCUCACCACCACCACCACUACCUUCUUGUUCCUGUUCUUCUUCCUCAGCUCUUUUCCCACCACUACCACCUCCCUCUCCCCAGACGGCCGCGCCCUCCUCUCCCUCCUCCCCACUGCGCAGCUCUCCGAUCCCGUCCUCACCUCAUGGAAUCCUUCCCAGCCUACCCCUUGCUCAUGGCAGGGUGUCACCUGCUCCCUGGACGACAGAGUUACCUCCCUCAACAUCCCCUCCACCUUCCUCAACGCCACCAUCCCCACCCAGCUCGCCUCCCUCACCUCACUCCAGCUCCUCAACCUCUCCUCCACCAACCUUUCCGGCUCCAUUCCGCCCGAGCUCGGUGACCUCCCUUCUCUCCGCCUCCUCGACCUCUCCUCCAACGCCCUUGUCGGUCCCAUUCCCCCUCAGCUCGGUCGCCUCUCCUCCCUCCAGAUUUUACUCCUCAACUCCAACCGCCUCUCCGGCCCCAUUCCCCACCAACUUGGCGCUCUCUCCCACCUCCGCAUCCUCUGCCUCCAGGACAACGACCUCAACUCCACCAUCCCACCGGAACUCGGCCGAAUCCCCGCCAUGGAACAGUUCCGUAUUGGCGGCAACCCGCAGCUCUCCGGCCCCAUCCCUCCGGAGCUUGGCAACUGGUUCAAUCUUACCACGUUCGGCGCAGCCGCCACCUCUCUCUCCGGCCCCAUUCCCGCGGCCUUCGGCCGGCUCAGUAACCUGGAGACAUUGGCCCUGUAUGCCACCGAUGUCUCCGGACCGGUCCCGGGGGAACUCGGCAACUGCGCGGCUCUCCGGAACCUGUACCUCCACAUGAACCAGCUGUCCGGCCCGGUCCCACCGGAGCUCGGCCGGCUGAAGCAGCUGACCAGCCUGCUGCUAUGGGGGAACUCUCUGGAAGGGCCACUGCCGCCGGAGCUGGCGAACUGCUCGUCGUUGGUCGUGCUCGACCUCUCGACGAAUAAGCUCUCUGGCGCCAUUCCGCCGGAGCUGGGCCAGCUGUCGGCGCUGGAGCAGCUGCACCUCUCUGAGAAUUCAUUCACUGGCUCUGUGCCGUGGCAGCUGAGCAACUGCUCUAGCUUGACGGCAUUGCAGCUGGACAAGAACAUGCUUACUGGAGAAAUUCCAUGGCAGAUUGGCAAUCUGAAAUUUCUGCAGAGUCUAUUUCUCUGGGGCAACCUCUUUCACGGGGGCAUACCUCCCACUCUGGGAAACUGCACUGAAUUGUAUUCACUGGACCUCUCCAAGAACAGAUUCACUGGUUCAAUUCCUGGGGAGGUUUUUGCCUUAAAGAAGCUCAGCAAGUUGCUUCUGCUCGGAAACUCACUUUCCGGCCGGUUGCCAAGCAGAGUCGCGGAAUGCAGGUCGCUGGUUAGGCUCAGGCUCGGAGAAAACCAGCUCUCCGGUGAGAUACCCCGGGAGAUUGGCGAGCUGGAGAAUCUUGUCUUUCUUGACCUGUACUCCAACAACUUCUCCGGCGGAUUGCCGGUGGAAAUCUUCAAUAUCUCCAUGCUCCAAUUGCUUGACGUCUCAGGUAAUCUCUUAACAGGCAAUGUGCCAAGCGAGCUCGGCCGUUUGUUCAAUCUGGAGCAGCUCGAUCUCAGCCAUAAUAGGUUCACUGGGGAGAUCCCCGACAGCUUUGGGAACUUAAGCUACCUGAAUAAGCUCAAUCUGAAUAACAAUUUGAUGUCUGGAACGGUGCCGAAGGUGGUGAAGUACUUGCAGAAGCUGACUUUGUUGGACCUGAGCUUCAAUGAAUUUUCUGGCUCGAUUCCGCCUGAAAUUGGGGGGAUUACCAGCUUGACGAUUAGUCUGGACCUCAGUUGGAACAAUUUCAGUGGUGAGAUUCCUCCUGAGAUGGCCGGAUUAACGCAAUUGCAGUCAUUGGAUUUGUCGCAUAAUUCUCUUUCCGGUAGCAUCAAAGUAUUGGGCAGGCUCACCAGCCUAACUUCAUUGAAUGUUUCAUUCAAUAAUUUCUCCGGCCCGAUUCCGGUUACACCGUUUUUCCGAACACUGUCUGCAAAUUCCUUCCUUAAUAACCCAGGCCUAUGCAUGUCAUUCGACGGGGAGUCAUGUUCUUCCGCUCAAAUUCGAACUGCCGGCCUAAAAUCGGCAAAGACCGCUGCUCUAGUAUGUGUGCUGUUGGGCUGCUUCACUCUAAUGUCUUUCUCUGCGUGGGUUCUGAUAUCCAAGUACAAUAAAGCAAUGGCAGAUAAGAGAAACGCAUUAUGUUCUUCGUCUUCAAGUAUCGAGGACUUCUCUUUCCCUUGGACAUUCAUCCCAUUCCAGAAGCUAAAUUUCACCAUGGACAACAUCUUGGACUGUCUGGUCGACGAAAAUGUAAUUGGAAAAGGGUGCUCAGGAAUUGUCUACAAAGCAGAGAUGCCCAACGGAGAAGUGAUAGCUGUGAAGAAGCUCUGGAAAUCAAAGAAGGAAGAAGAAGCUUUUGAUGCAUUCGCUUCUGAGAUCCAGAUACUAGGUCACAUUCGGCAUCGGAAUAUAGUGAAGCUCUUGGGCUACUGCUCAAACAAAUGUGUGAAUCUUCUGCUCUACAACUAUAUACCGAAUGGGAAUUUGCAGCAAUUGCUGCAAGACAACAGGAACUUGGACUGGGAGACACGAUACAAGAUUGCAGUAGGAUCGGCGCAGGGACUGUCCUACCUUCACCAUGACUGUGUGCCAGCAAUUCUUCACAGAGAUGUGAAGUGCAACAACAUACUAUUAGACUCCAAAUAUGAGGCAUAUUUAGCAGAUUUUGGUCUCGCAAAGUUGAUGAACUCGCCUAAUUUCCACCAUGCCAUGUCGAGAGUUGCUGGUUCAUAUGGCUACAUAGCUCCAGAGUAUGGCUACACCAUGAACAUAACAGAGAAGAGUGAUGUGUAUAGCUAUGGCAUUGUGUUGCUGGAGAUACUGAGCGGCCGCAGCGCGGUGGAGCCGUGUAUAGGCGAUGGCCUGCACAUAGUGGAGUGGGUGAAGAAGAAGAUGGGGAGCUUCGAGCCGACGAGCAGCAUACUUGAUCCAAAGCUCAGAGGCAUGUCUGACCAGAUGGUGCAGGAGAUGCUUCAGACUCUGGGCAUUGCACUGUUGUGUGUAAACCCUACACCUUCGGAGAGACCGACCAUGAAGGAGGUGGUGGCCUUGUUGAUGGAGGUGAAGAAUCCACAGGAAGACUGGGGGAAGAACUCACAGCCCCUCAUCAAACCAUGAAUGCCAAAGAUGGUGCUUUCUUCGCAUUAACAAAAGGAGGAAACUCGAAAAGGCAUCUUUGGUAGCCUCAAAAAGUGUGGGAAUCCUUUGUACAGAACUCGAGAGAUUUGAAAUUCCUUUUUGGAUAGGUUCCAUUA